AAUAUCUUGCGGAGAGUCAUGGCCGUGGCGAUAGACUCCGACGUAUCUCUUCACUUACACCUUCGGGGAGUAUUGCACAAUGCCACCAAAGCACCCGUCACUUCAAACGUGCUGGCCAGACCUCACAUCGAAAGCAAGACAGAACGCGAAUGUGUUCUCAUACGGCAACGGAUCCUCUCUUACCUCGACAUUGGAGACUUGAACCGCGCCAUUCGUGCCUCGCCGCUGUUGUUCCAGGCUUUCAAGGCUGAGCGCAAACAGCUGCUGCUCAGCACCCUGUUCAACACGCUUGGUACGACGAUUCUGGAGGCCUUUGCUGUUCAUCGAGUGAGCAGCAUUGAUUUCAUCGCAUCGCGUUCCAAGAAUAAUGAUGCUUUAUUCUUGCGAGCUCUCGAAGAACAUAGACAGAAGCAGAGUCUGCUGUUCGAGCUAUGCACUUUCUUGUCGGAAGAUGAUCUUGUUCAGAUGGCCACCUUUCACAGAAAAGUUGUUUGGCCGCAUGCCCAGCGCAUCGUGUCUCUGGAAGCAGGCUACUGCGAAGCACAUGAUGUCUUUUAUGAAGAGAUAAUGGCUUUCGUCCGGCUCUCGUUCUAUCUCGAUGUACUUCAUGCGGCCCUGGGUCUACUGCAAGGACAGUCCUCCGACUUGAUGCCAGUGAUCGCGGGCUGCGGUACCUUGGGCGGUGCCUUGAGCGGCGAGAUACGGAUGGAUGAAAGGGCUUCUCCAAUAUCUUUGCGGCAUAACACAAUAACGCUUCUCCAGUGA